AUGUCUAUAGAGAGAAGAGAGGCAUUUAUUAAGAGGGAUACGAACGAAACGAAGAUACAGAUUGCAAUAAGUCUAGAUGGAGGUUCGGUGAAAAUUCCAAAGUCAAUAUUACUGGAAAAAGUUGCUCAAGGUGAGGAGCACGCUUCACAAACAAGUGGAGGUCAAGUUAUAAAUGUUCAAACGGGUGUAGGGUUUCUUGACCAUAUGUUGCAUGCGUUGGCCAAACAUUCGGGCUGGUCUUUGCUAGUUGAAUGUAUAGGUGACUUACACAUUGAUGACCAUCACACAAGUGAAGAUGUUGGUAUAGCUUUGGGUUUAGCUUUCAAGAAUGCCUUGGGACCGAUAAGGGGGGUAAAGAGAUUUGGGCAUGGAUAUGCACCCUUGGACGAAGCUUUGAGCAGAGCUGUUGUUGAUUUGUCCAAUAGGCCAUACGCUGUAGUCGAUUUAGGAUUAAAAAGAGAAAAAAUUGGUGACUUGUCUACAGAAAUGAUUCCUCAUGUUCUAGAAAGUUUUGCUCAGCUGGCAGCAAUCACGAUACACGUUGAUUGUUUGAGAGGGCUUAAUGAUCACCAUAGAGCUGAAAGCGCGUUCAAGGCAUUGGCCAUCGCCAUAAAGGAGGCAAUAUCAAAAACAGGAAAGGACGAUGUGCCAAGUACCAAAGGUGUCUUAUCAUGA